GUUUCCUUUGAAAGUCAAAAUGCAGUCAUCGUCCCCAACAGUGAGCAAAAGAGAGCUGCUCUUCCCGCAAAUUCGAAAACAUUCUCCGGCAAUUGACAUGAGGAUGACGCUAGGGUCUCCGAGCAUGAGGAGCUUGGAUCAUCUGAAGCCGCCGUCGGGAUCCGGCAAGAAUUUCUCGUUCUCGUCGCCGCGGCCAGCUUCCAAUAACCAGAUGUCGUUGGGGAACUUCACGAAUCCGAAGUCCGCUGCAGAGAAGUUAGUGAAGGAGCAGACGCCGGUGAAAAUGGAGCUGGAAACGACGAACAAUAAGCUUAAGAAGUCGAUUGAGAAUGUCCGUUCGCUGGAGGAAAAGUUACAGAACGCGUUUAAUGAGAAUCUAAAGCUGAAAUUGAAGCAGAACGAGAAUGAGAAGCUGUGGGAAGGAUUAGAGUCUAAGUUUGCUUCAACGAAAUUGUUCUGUGAUCAACACUCUGCAAGUUUACGCCAAUUAUCUGGACAGGUUGAGCUUGCUGAAAAGGACACGGAGUUCUUUCAGGGCAAAUUAUCAGCAAACUCGAAUGCUAUUGACAAGUUGAGCCUACAACUCAAUGAUCUGUUUCUGAAAUUGUCAUCUACUGAGGGAACUCUUGCAACACGAGAGAAGGAGUUGGCAGAUCUUAGAACUGAAAAGGAGGAAGUGAGUAAAGUUUUUGUAGGGGAGAAGGGGAGACUUACUAAGCUGAUCGAGGAUCAAGAUGGCAUGCUGAAGCAGUUUGAAGCAUCCCUGACAGCAAAAGGAUUGGACUUGGAGUGCCUGAACUCUAAACUGGAAAGCAUGCACCUUGAAUUGAAGUUGAAGGAAGAUGAGAUAAACAAUUCUUCCAUUGCGGUCCAGAAUUUGGGGGAAGAAAAGAGUGACCUCCAACUGAGCAAUGAGAAAUUGGCUAAUGAAUUGGCUACAGCACUUCAGGAGAUUAUGAAGUUAGAGAACUUUGUUAAUGUGCUGACCGCUCAGUUAGUUGAACUGGACGAGCAAAGUUUGAGUUUCACUGACAACUUCAAUCGUCUGAGCUCACUCUAUGAUGCUUCCAUUGAGUUGGCUCAACGAGAGAGUGCCCUUGUUUCCAAGCAUGCUCAAAAGCAGUACGAUAUGCUCCACAACAAAUUCUUGGAAACAACAUCUGAAAUGGAGGCAAUGCAACUGACAAAUACGGAGCUGAACUCUAAGAUCCCCGAGCUCGAGAAAGCACUAGAGUCUCUCAGGGAAAAGCUUGCUGAGGAGCAAUGGUCUGCAGUUGAAAAAAUUAACAAGCUGGAGUCUGAGGCUGAAGCACUACUCUUAAAGAAGGAUGAAGCCGUGAUGCUGGUUUCAAAAUUAGAGGAGAAAACUAAAGCUCUAUCAGAAAGCUCAAGGUCAUCUGAGAAUGAAACGAAAGAGCUACUGCUGAAAAUGGCUAAGUUGGAAGAGGAAAACAGAGGCACCAUAGAACAAUUACAGGGGGAAAUACAAAAGAAGUUGGAUGAAAUUGAUAAUCUGAAGAAGGAAGCUCAGGAACAUGACCAAGAAACGGAUUCUUUGUCGCAGAAAGUUGACGAACUUCUGAAUGUUGUACAAGAAAAGGAAGAACUUAUUCUGCAAGUUAAAGAGAGGGAGAAGAAUUUGGAAGAUAAAAUCAACGAGAAUCAGGCCUCAUUGACUGCAGCUGAUGGCAGACUGGCAGAAGUAAAGAAACAAUAUGAAAUGAUGCUUGAGAGUAAACAACUGGAGUUGUCUAGACAUCUGAAUGAAAUUUCUCUUAGGAAUGAUCAGGCAAUUACUGAAAUCCGGAGGAAGUACGACGAAGAGAAGCUGGAAAUCAUUAACACAGAAAAGGAGAAGGUGAAUAAACAACUACAGGACAUGGAAAGAAACUGCGAACUGAAACUUUCCGAACAGAAGGAGGAAUCAAAGCAGCAACUUGUGCGUAUUCAAGAAGAGCAUGCUGCAAUGAUUUUACAAAUCAAGCAGGAUAAUGACAAGAAGGAAACUAGUCUUAAAGCUCGCCACAGUGAGGAGCUGAAGCGUGCCGAAUCUGAAGCUAAGCAUGCAGAAACAGAGAAAAUAGCGUCGCUAAGAAGUGAGCACGAGGCUCAAAUGAAAACUCUGAGAAGCCAGUAUGAAGAUGUGGGAAGGAAGCUACAGGACGAGUUGGAUCUCCAAAGGGACAAGGAAGACAAGCAGAGGGCUUUGCUGGAGAUGCAGUUGAAAGUGAUGAGCAACAAUCGAGGAGCUGAUCAAGAAGUGAACUCUAACAAGAACAUGAUCAAUUCGCAGGAACACUCCGUUUCAUCAGUCCAGAUGUUAGACCACCGAAAGAUCAGAAAAAGUCCAAGAUCACUGGCAAGGCCAGAGAGUGCUAAGAGAGGAAAUGCAAUGGGUAUCCCCAUGCAUACCAAGAAGGUCUCCCGCCCGGAGUAUGAGUUUGAGACUGCCGAUGGUGCAACAAUUGCAAAGCGCAGAAAGACAAAAACUACAGCAGUGCUCGAGGGUCCUGUGAAGCAUAGUAAGAAGGGCACCCCCAAGGCUGUUAUUACUCCUAGAACUGCACUAAAGCGAAUCAAGGGCUCUGCUGCUACCCAGCUGCAUCGUCCUUCGAACAUAGGAGAUCUGUUUUCCGAAGGAUCACUGAAUCCAUAUGCAGACGAUGAUCCCUACGCUUUUGUUUAGAUGCCUUCUUUUCUCCGGCCAAUCAUCGACUGUUGCACACUGUUUUGUUUGUCAGCUAAUAGUAGACCACGCUGAGAGAGGUUGAACUCUAACUGAGCGGUGAGAACUUACCAUUGUGUUUCAUAUAUGGGAACCUUACAAGCAUUUUGUAGCAACUUGCACAUAGGAACCUUACAAGCAUUGUGUUCCUUGCACCAUUGCUACUGCUUGGUGUAGCUUUCAGCAGUUCAUCCGUAGACCGUAAAUAAACAGACAGUUGUGCUUCUGCUAUAGUGCUAUGCUAUUGCUAUCGUAAAUGACUGUACAUAGUGCUGUUUGUAAUUUUGUAUUGUCUUACUCUUUACAUGCACGACUCGACGGAAAAGUGUGAAAACAGAGAGAAACAUAAGGGACGUUACAAUACAAUUUUUUUUUUGUCAGUAAAUA